AUGCGCGGGUUGCCAUGGCGAGCAUCCCUGCACGCCCUGAGCACGGCGACGGCGCCGGGGAGGGAAACGCUUCGUAUCUCACCCGGUCCUAACCGCGGUCUUUACUCAGAGCACCCGAGGUUAAACCAAGGGUGCACGUGGCUGGGGUUCAGCCGAAAUUUGCAGGUGCACGGAAGCAAAACGAAGGGGUUUGGACGGAGUCAGAGCGUUCUGAAAUGCCCGGACACCCAUCAUCUUGAUUUCCCCGCAAUCGAGAACUUCCAGCAGCGCUUCCACCACCGCCAUCACCCUUCCCCAGCCCGGCGCUCCCCGGAGCACGCCGUGCCCGCAGCUGUGCGCCCGCAGGGUCCCCGAAACCCCCGGGAGCGGCUCCGAGCUCGUUCCCGUUGUCCCGAGGUCCCCGCUGGAACUUCCAGCACCGCCGUCCUCCCACCAACGGCGGGAUCGCGCGGGGGGACGGACGGUCGCGUCGGAGCCACACGGGAAUGGGAAACGCUUUCUGGAACGGUACCGAAAGGUGCCUCGGAGGCACCGCUGCGCCUCGCCACGUCCCCCCGACGCUUCGGGAGCGAGAAAGGCACCCAGGAACUUCUGAAAUACCUGAGGAGCAGAAUCCAAGAUGACACAGCCAGCCCGAACGAGGAGCCUCCUGUGACAGCCAUGACUCUCCCAAGCGAGUCCAAGAUUAACAUGCAUGCCAUAACUACACUCAAAUUACUGGAAUUUAGUGAGAAGCAGGCAGCUGUGAUCCCUGAUGACAUGUUCAACGCGGUCAGAAGCAAUCCUGUCACCAGUGUCAACUUCAGCAAAAAUCAGCUGACUGCCAUUCCUCCCAGGAUCGUGGAGCUGAAAGACUCAGUUUGUGAUGUCAACUUUGGCUUCAAUAAAAUCUCUUCUGUUUCCUUGGAGCUGUGCACGCUUCAUAAAUUGACACAUUUGGAUAUCAGAAAUAAUGUUUUGACAUCUUUACCUGAGGAAAUGGAGGCACUGACAAGACUACAAGUAAUAAAUCUGUCUUUUAAUAGGUUUAAAGUAUUUCCCAGCGUCCUUUACCGCAUCCUCACGCUGGAGACCAUCCUGCUCAGUAACAACCAGGUGGGGUCUGUAGACCCUCUGCAGCUGAAGAAGAUGGAGCAGCUCGGGACGCUGGACCUCCAGAAUAAUGACCUUCUCCAGGUGCCACCAGAACUCGGGAACUGUGAAACUCUGAGGACACUUCUUUUAGAAGGAAAUCCGUUCCGCACUCCCCGAGCAGCCAUUCUGGCAAAAGGAACAGCUGCAGUGCUGGAGUACCUCAGAAGCCGGAUCCCUACUUGAUAGGCUGUUUCCCUGUACACUUCUGAAUGGAAAGCAGAGUAUCAUCCUGUCUGAUGCAUUACAUCCCUCCCUCGUUGUUUGUAAGCUGUUGGGCUGGCCCGGGCCAUAAAGCAUCCAUAAUAGUAUUCUUAGUUUGCAUGUUAAGAAAUGAUUCACCGACAAAAUAUUUCCCACUCAAGGCUGCAUGUCUCAGGAGUGCAUUUCGAAAUACCACAAUCUAUGUUUACACUUUUUGUAAGAAAGAAUGCAGCUGAAAGCUGUGUUUGGUAAUAGAGACAGUGUUUUUCUACAGUUAAGCCAUUUUUUUUUAAGGAUUGCAAUCACCAAAGUAAUUGAGCAAAAGGGGGAAAUAAGCUUUUUGAUUCUUGUAUGCCUGUUUUAUAAUCUUCUGUAGGGCGUUUGGUCUCUCUUCACCGCUGCCUCAAACCAUUGGUUGCUGGUCUGUACACGGAAAAUGCCUGAACCCUUAAACGUGAUGAAUACGGUGUGAAAUGUUCUGCAGACUGUGUGCAUGUCCUGCGUGAACGUGAGCAAAACGUGGCUGGUGUUGGUGGCUGCACUGAAACAAUAAAUGUUUGCUGUUGGAUAUAUGUUUUUGUUUCUAAAUCUUUGUGCUGUAAUUGAAGUUUUUAGCCAGUAACAAUACAGACAUUCAGCUUUUUUAUUUAAAUGCACUUCAACAUCAUGAAAAUGAUCUCAAUUAAAAGAGUAACGCAGGGUGGGCAUUAACAAUAUAAAAGGGGAGUUACUUGAUGUUACUCUGUGACUAUGAUUCGUUGCUUCUCACAGGCCUAUGGACAUGGAAUGGAAGCAGAUACCACACGGAUUUCCACUGCUAAGAUUUUUUUGUUUGUUGGCUUCUUUUAAACUGCCCCGAGUGCUUUUGUUGUGUGGGAACUGUGUAGGUGCUGCAGUUGGGGUCUCUGUGAAUGAGAACUAAUUGCAAACCCUUCACUUUGCAAUCUGCAAUGAAAUUUUUUUUAAAAAAAGCUCUAAACUAAAAGACAUCUUUGCAUCUAGGAACAGAACUGUACCUCAUUCUUCCAUUCCGUGUAUGAAGCAAGCUAACACAAAAUAGGGUCUUCAAGCACCUUUCGGCAAAAGCGACGACGUCUGGUGCACCUCACACAGCAGCACAGGGCUGUGACCUGCUAGAAAAGAAGCAGGCCUGACCCACGCGUCCGGGGGGACCCAGUGGUGGUAUGUAGGGUGAGAGAGGGGCUGGUGCCAGGAGGGGCAGAGGGAAGGGAAUGGGAGAGUGGCAUUUCUGUUCAAAUGCGUGGCAGCGUAUUUGUGCAGAAGAAAGGUGACUGUGGCCAAAGUCGUUCUUGGGUUGAACAAACCGAGAGCUGUUCUGUGCUGACAUGGAUGGCUGAACUGCUGCUGACGUCAGUCCCGUGAGCCUCGGUUUGGUUCCUUCUUCUGUGUGAGGCAGUUGUAGAAGUCCACAAACAGCAGCACGUGCUGGGCUCUUCAUCCACAUGCAGUCGCUCCGUGACCUUACGUGGUGUCCCAGCAGCAGUGAUGUGUGAACAAGUGCGGACACUCGCUUUUCAGGUCUUUCUCUGAUGUAUCCUGUAGUUAAAUUCUUUCCCUGAAACAGCCCUGAAACACUACUGUGUUUGCUGGCAGGUCCAGCUGAAGCUGUAAUGUACGUCGCUGAGGCUAGAGGUGUAGGGAGCUCUGGAGCACUUAGAGAGAUGCAGAGGUAACAGCCGUCUCGUUUUCCAUCACUUAUAGAACAGUGAUUUGGAAAACUCAGGUCCUUUCCAAUAGUAAAAGAUGACAAAAGUUAAUUACAAUAAGGUGACAUUUUUAUUAUUUAUACAAUAAAGAGACUUUUUUUUUAAUGUUAUUCAAAACACUUCUUUAAAUACUGAAAAAGUUGGGUACACCAAAGCCGAAAAAUGGCUCUGCUAUACACUGCACAGCAUUGUUUUAGUCCCUGUAUUUGUCUUAUGUACAGAAGCAUCUGCAAAAUGCAUUCUAAACACAAUAUGCACCUUACGGGUAAGUGUCAUACAUGAAAGAAAACUGGAAGGAUACAACCUGCGUGUGCAAAUUAACUGACAAUAUAAUUGAUUGCACUGAAUCAAUAGAUUUAAAAUAUAAUUUUGAAGUACCUUUUUGCACAUAAAAUGAAGCAGCUUUCAAGUUCAGUAAGUCUUUAUACUGCAAAAAACAUUAAGUACAUUCACAAUCUAUGUUAAUAAAGUAGUAAAUAUUUCUUCAUUCAGCUUUAUUUACAUUAAUACUGUAAUUAAACUGAAAAGUACAGUUAGUCAUUUGUAAUAUAGCAAUCUUUUAACACAUACAAAAAUGACCAUUUUCUGUAUAUAAUUUAAGCUCAAAAUCACAAUUAUCUCAAAAUAUUAAUUACAAUACAGCCAUCUCCAUCAUAAUUAAACAUGUCUUUUAUAAAAUGGUAAAAUUUUUAAUAAAGUAAGCUGUUGGUUUUGAACUGGAUACAGUACUCACAAGUAGAAAACUUAACCGAUAAGUGUUUGUUCUGAGCAGGGUUUCAGGGUAAAGCCACAUAUGCUAGCAAAGAGACAAAGAAGGCCCCAAUUGACAAAGAUGAAGCCUCUUGUGCUGCAGGGCUGUGGCUCGGUCGGUGGUGCUGCAGGAAAAGCCUUACAAGGGCCGUGUAAAUUCUGGCUGCAAUGCAGUGAUGUCAUUCACUUGUAGAAUAUUUGUGUGAAUUGUCCCCUAGGAGGAUUUGCAAAGGCUCUUUUUUUUUCCCUAAGAGAAACUACUGAAGUUCUAGGAGAAACAAAUGGUGUCUUUAGAAAUUGGCUUUUACAGAGAAGAUUCACGUUGGCUGCCCCCAGCUCCUCCCACCCUGGAGGAGCACGGAUCACCUUGCCUGGCCUCUGCUGUCACUGCUGUGCUGCACUGCACACGUGGCCAGAGCUACUGCUCCAGCGUACCCAAACCAAACUUGUUCAAAACAAAAUCAAACCACCAAUUAAUUCAUAUCCUAUCCAAACUACCAGCCUAAAAGUUGUAUCAUUACUUUGUAUUCCACUCAUACGAGCAAGACUAACAAAUGAAAUAAGUCCUUAAAUCCAAUUAGCUGAAAAUAACAUUGUAAAUCUUAGUGCACUAAUUAAAUGAAAGUUCUGAAGGCAGAAGAGCUGGGAGGCUGAGGCAGGAUGGAGAGCAUGGUACCAUAGCUCGUGGGUAAGGAGCUCAAGCUUUAGCUAACGGUUUGUUCUUCAUUGGAAAUUCUAAAUGUAAAAUCUGGUAAGGUAGGUAGUGACCCCACUGAGGUUUAUGAUCUGCUGUGUUUGUUUAUGGUUUGGGCGAAUUGGUAUUAGUGUUCUGUUUUAUUUCUGUUUGAUAUGGCUUGCCUGGCUGUGUAGGACAAGGGCUGCACCAUGGUGGAGCACGGAUCCCCGUGUGCUGAGCUCCCACCCAAGGCAGUGCACAGACUCCAGCCCACGUCCUGCUGCUGGCUGGCCCCUCAGGAACAGCCCCUGUGCCACCCUGGGCCCAGCACCAGUGCCUGAGUGUUUGCUGGAGACCAGACCCUGCAUGUGAACAGGUUCAAAGCCAACUGGCAACAGGGCUGCAAAACAGCUGGGCCCUGGGAUUUGGACACAUCCGGCCCUAUCAGGUGCCACCAGCAGCAGAGGGACAUCAGCCCCAGUACUGACCAUGAGUUCCUUAAAACUCACUUGCUGCAAAAUGAGGGUAAGAGAACCCCAGUGCAGAUUUCCUUCUGCAAUCCAGCCCUUCCCUGAGGAUCAUUUGUUGUUUAUUGCAAGAAAAAUUUAAAAAAGAAGAAUCCAGCACAGUUCCGUUGAGAUUAAUGCUUCCACUAGGAGCUUAAAAAACAGGGUAUUGAGUGCCUGUAUAGUUGACAAGGGAGAACAUAUGGUGUGCCCAGGAGUGCUGUGUAGCCCAAAGAAAAGAAACCAUCUGCAGCUCUGAGCCUGCGCUCGCCUUAUCAGAAUUCCGUCACGCACACACAGGUGAACCCACACGUGGAGCUCACCUCUGGGUAAGCUGUCCUCUACCACCAGCACUUGCUGUAGAGCUGUAUUUAUAUUUAGGGGCUUUCUGUGUGCAAAGCCUGCAUGUAGCUGGGUGCCCUGCUUGCAAACCUGGCCAUGCACAGUGGUGCACGUGAGGUUCUGGGAAAGGAAAAGCUGCAGGUUAUUUGAGUGGAUUGAUGUGGAAACCCUAAGCAGUCCCACUGAAGACUAGUUGCUCCUAUCUAAACCCCACUUCUAUCAAUCUGAAUAAAAACAAUGCUAAAAAGAAACUACUGGGGCAUUUGGACAGUGGUGGCUGCUAUUAAAGCUUACUGCACGUUUCAGCUGGGAGGCCAAAUUCGUCCCAGAUCCCUCCUGGAGCUGGGGAGCUGUGGCUGAGGUGCAGUGGUACUCCACUGCACGAAUUCAAUUUUAUUGUGAUUUCCUUUCCAUUACAAUCCAUUGAUGAAAGCUCUCAGCAAUCUUGACAUACAGUUGUGCACACAGCCUCGAUUUAUUCUGCCACUGUGCUUUAGUCUCAUAAACUCAGCGUGCAGAAAACCACCAAAGCAAAAAAUACGUAGCAUUAACAAGCUCUGAAGACCAGAGUUCACCCAUUCUCACCCGUCUCCACUACCUUGGCAGUAGGCCUCCUUAGCUCUGCAACUCCCUGCUACAUUUUGAUGCUACCGAAGCACUCUGUGCACUGCAGCUGCUGCGUGCUGAAGUGCUGAGGGAAGGAGGGAUGUGUGCUCUGCGCUCUGCACGCCCACGUUGCACAGUGUUACAGUAGGAUGCAGAAUUGCAGAAGUAAUGCACUCCACUUUCCUACUGGAAGCAGAAAUGACAGGGAAGCUCUGAGCAUGGGGCCGUGCUGCCAUAAGGUGCCUGUGGGCUGCACAGCUGCAGCUGUACACAUGUGCUCUGCGAACUGUGUGCUCACGUCCAUGACAGUGAUUUUUCUGCGUGAAAAAAGCAGCUCCAAAGAGGCUUUAGGUGCAUAAAUACCUAUUGACACACCUGAUUUUUGUUCAGCGUAACUACAGACUACAGAGGUACAAUUUUCUGAACAUGAUGAUGAAUAAAACUUGAUAUUUUCUCUUAAAGGGCAAUGGACUUAAGGUGGGGGCGUUAGCCUCUGAUGUGCCAACUCAGGGGAGAGCUUCAAAUGGGUUCUGCAGAGCCUGUGUGGUUUUUGGGGAUGUUUUGAAAUUACGUCUGUGUGACAGAAAUGGAAAGCUGAAAAACAGGGUAACAACCCCAACCUGGAUCAGCUUCAGCUUGUAAUAUCCAGUGGAUCUGGGAGCAUGGUGCCACUCAGGGGUCACAGGAGCUCUUCCACUAAGGGCACUUGCACGGGUAAAGUAAAAGUUAGUAUUACGUCAGUUAGGAAUUUAUGGUUCAAUAUUAUUUAUACUAAUAAACUCAGUAACUCUUGUUGUUUACAGAGAAAAGGAAAGAUGCAAACAACCAUGGAAUAUAGAAUUUACAUGCCAACAUAAAAGCCUCACACUCCCAAGCCUCUCCAGUGCUUCCCAGUAGCCUAAAAAAAUAAGGAAGAGUGCAGACAAUUAAAGACCUGGUGCUUCAUUACACCCCGGGGGCACAGUUCCUACUCUUAGCUAUUUGUGGGGUGCUUCUCUGUGGCAGGCACCUGGCCCAAACACAGACAGAGCACACAGAAGGGGCACCGCUACCUUUUGACAUCGUGUCAGCUUAACUGGAAGUCUUAAUUACUUCAGUCAGCGUGUGCUUGAGGGGAGGAGACGAAAGGUUUGAGGGUGAGCAGUCAGGAGAUGCCUGUGGGCAGCACCCUGCGAGCAGCUCCUGGCUCUGCCUGCAGCCCAGCACCAGACUGUGGGCAGCAGCACAAGUGGCAGCACCUCGUGGGAGCGUUCCUUGUGUGUCACCUCCUUGCUGUCAGCAUGGCGUACACCUGAAUUACUGAGGCAGCAGCAGUUUGGCAGAAUUUGGUGCUGUCUCUGUUGAAAACAGCACGAGGAUUUUUACCUUGAGGGUUUUCAGAUUCGGUACUUCGGUGGGAAAGCUUCCCAUGCUCUGUCAGUGCCACUCUUCUACGACUUCUCAGCUAUACUGAAUCAAUCCCCAUUCGUUUUAGAGACUGUUCCUCAAAUGAAGGGUUCUGUAAAGGCUAAAGCCGUACUGAUCAUGGACAUAGCGAGCCCGGGCCAGAGCAAAAAGACACAACACCGUAACACGGGGGAAAUGGGCAACACAGGUGGAGGGCCUGUCACUUCAAAUGGAAAAGAUAGAAGAAUAAAAUUAGCAGCAACAAAAGAAGUUUGACUGCCACCCAUCACAAACUUCUCCCGUUUAGGAACCAGAGCUGUCUAAACUCACUGCUCGUCCACUUGGUGUGUUCACACGGAAGGAGCUGAACGUGCCCACCAGGAGGACGUGAGCCCAUCUCCGUGCCGCUUGGUUACACUAUCCCGGGGCUAUCCAAAUCUCACCCUGUGCAGCGACAGUUUCACUCAUUAGUAUGGAGCCAGCUAUACACACUGCAUAUGUACAGGUAUUUUCAUAAGGCAUAUAAUAUCUUUGCAUUGAAAAUAAAUGAACGUUAUUAAAUUUAA